AUGCUUUUAAGAAGAACUGAAGAAAUGGAGGCUGAAUCUCAAAACACAAAAAACAAUGGAGCCUGAAAUGUUGGGCAGUUGUACUUAUGUCUAACCGUUGAUAAAACAGCAGGGAAAAAGGGAUCAUCGAUCCACUUCACCCGACUGAGCCCAACAGAAACAACCAAAUCGAACAAACAUGGCUCUCAAGAACACCAUCUCUUCUUCUCUACGCUCAGUCCCCACUCUCUUUCUCUCACUCACCACCCUUGUCUUCACCCUUUCCCUCACCCUCUUCUUCCUCUUCUCCAACCACCGCUCUCAAAUCACUCCCCAAACCACCCUUCAACAGCCCCACACUUCCAUCAAAGUCUACGUGGCGGACCUUCCCAGAUCCCUCAACUACGGCCUCCUCGGCCGGUACUGGUCCUCCUCCGCCCCCGACUCCCGCCUCUCCGCCGAAUCCGACCCCCAGAUCGCUCCGACCCACCUCCCCAAAAACCUCCAAUUCCCUCCCUAUCCCGAGAACCCGCUGAUCAAGCAGUACAGCGCCGAGUACUGGAUCACCGGGGACCUCAUGACCCCCGAAAGCUUGCGAGCAGGUUCGUUUGCCAGGCGGGUCUUCGAUGUCGAGGAAUCCGACGUCGUUUUCGUGCCGUUCUUCGCGACAUUGAGUGCGGAGUUGCAGCUGGGAACGGCGAAGGGGGCGUUUAGGAAGAAGGUGGGGAACGAAGACUACGAGAGGCAACGGCAGAUUGUGGAUUUGGUGAGGGGAACUCCGGCUUGGAAGCGGUCCGGCGGCCGCGACCACGUCUUUGUUCUCACUGACCCAGUUGCAAUGUGGCAUGUCAGAGCUGAGAUAGCCCCAGCUAUUCUCCUCGUGGUGGAUUUUGGUGGAUGGUACCGACUUGAUUCAAAGUCAUCAUCCAAUGGUAGCUCACCAGAUAUGAUUCAACACACCCAAGUUUCCCUACUCAAAGAUGUAAUCGUGCCAUAUACCCAUCUACUACCUAGCUUGCACUUGUCAGAAGACCAGAGACGCCAAACGCUUCUUUAUUUUAAAGGGGCUAAACAUAGGCACCGGGGAGGCAUAGUUCGAGAGAAAUUGUGGGACUUGUUGGUUAAUGAGCCAGGCGUUAUCAUGGAAGAAGGCUUCCCAAAUGCCACUGGGAGAGAGCAGUCAAUUAGAGGGAUGAGAACAUCAGAGUUCUGCUUGCACCCAGCUGGGGACACCCCCACUUCAUGCCGACUUUUUGAUGCCAUUCAAAGUCUUUGUAUACCUGUUACUGUCAGUGAUAACAUUGAGCUCCCAUUUGAAGGUAUGAUAGACUAUUCAGAGUUUUCAGUUUUUGUGGCAGUUAAUGAUGCAUUGAGGCCAAAUUGGCUAGUGGGUCUUCUCAGAAGCUUUUCUAAAGAACAGAAGGAUAAAUUUCGGCAAAAUAUGUCUCGCAUUCAGCGUAUUUUUGAAUAUGACAAUGGGCAUCCGAGUGGUAUUGGGCCAAUUCCCCCGGAUGGUGCUGUGAAUCACAUAUGGAAAAAGGUUCACCAGAAAUUGCCCAUGAUUAAGGAAGCCAUUGUCCGAGAGAAUAGAAGACCACCAGGUGUAUCAAUUCCACUACGUUGUCAUUGCACAUAAAAUAACGAGCCUAAUUUCUUAUUUAUCCUAAUAGCUUUUGUCAUGAUGAUACUAUGUGAAUCGAUCCUAUUUCUUAAAUGCCCAUUCCUUUAAAGUUAAUUUAUAA